AUGGAUCAAGACAGGGCAAUGAAAAAUGCAAUUUCAAUUGUUUUUCCCCAAACACGUCCUAGAUAUUGCUUGUGGCACAUUAUGAGGAAAUUUCCAGAGAAGUUGGCUUCCAAUGCUCAACACAAUAGUGGGCUAAAAAGUACACUUCAGCGUUGUGUGUAUGACUGUCAAACUGUAGAGGAGUUCGAGAAGCAUUGGGGCUUAUUUCUUGACACCUACAACUUGCAUGAUCAUGCAUGGCUGCAAAGUCUAUACAGUGAGAGGAUGCAUUGGGUACCGGUCACUACACUUAAAGAGUUUGUCGAUCAAUUUGAUAAUGCCUUGAGGAAGAAGGUUGAGAACGAGAAUGCAGCAGACUUCCACUCUUUUAAUUGCACAAUUCCAUGCAUAUCUCAUUUACCAUUUGAGAGGAUAUUUCAACAUGUCUACACAAUUGCCAAGUUUAAGGAAGUGCAAAAGGAAAUAAUGGGAAUGAUUUGUUGCAAUGCUCAUCUUUACAAAAAUGAAGGUGCAAUUUCAACGUAUCAUGUGGAUGACAAAAUUAAUACUGAUGACUUUGUCAAAUUAGUUGCAUUUUCAGUUUACUUUAAUAAAGAUGAGUUGGAGGUGAAGUGUAGUUGUGGACUAUUUGAAAUGAGAGGUAUCAUGUGUCGACAUGCUCUUUCUGUUUUAGAUACACAAAAUGUUCAAACUGUGCCUGAAAAGUAUAUUUUGGAACGAUGGAGGAAAGAUAUAAAACAAAGGUAUACCCUUAUCAAGAGUAGUUACAAUGGCUUGAGUGAAAAUCCUGAGACACAAAGAUAUGAUCAAAUCAUGAGGCGAUGUUGUGAGGUUGCAAAAAAUGCUUCUACAAUGGAGGAACAUUGUAUUGAUAUGCUGAAGUGGUUAGAUAUCAUGGAUGGCGAUUAUCUUUCCUCGAGACUUCUGACCACACCUUCUAGAGGUAAUGAUCCCACUGACCCCACAAUAGUGAGCUCAACAAAAGUGCUCAGUCCUCACGUUGUGCGAGGCAAAGGUAGACCACCAUCAAAGCGGAGAGUGCCUCCAAUAUAA